AUGGAUGCUCUUCCAGGAAUCGGACACGCCUGUGGUCACAAUCUCAUUGCUAUUGCUGGGGUUGUCGUGGCGAUCGCAGUCAAGCAGAACAAGGCACUCACUCGCAGCGACGAAUGCGCGGAUAUUUUCUCGAAGACGUUCGGUCCCGUGGACUGCGAUUUCGGCAUCAAGAACGCUUCCACCGAUUUUGGAAAUAUCACUUACGCUAUUCCUUCGCUUCACCCUUCUUUUGCGAUCCCUACGAGAGGCAGCAACCACACACCAGAAUUUACCGAGGCCGCAGCGACCGAGGAGGCCCAUCAAGCAUGCAUCAACAUGUCGAUCACCAUAGCCGCGAUCGGUCUGCGCCUGUUGGCAGAUCACGCAUUCGCAAACAAGGCAAGUCGUUAUAUACCACUAUCUCAAGUGUAUCAGAUUUAA